CUCAGGGCAUGACCUCGUCGCUUUGUAGCCUCCUCUCGCCCUCGGCCUCGCCCGGCCAUUCGCUCUCGCUAUUACGCCGCCGCUAGCCGGUCGACGCCGCUCCUCUUCUCCGUUCCUCCUUGCCAGUCUUCUCCACGCAAUCGUCGUGACGUUGCCUUCUCCAUUUCUUCGUCGUGAGGUCUCAUCUUUUUCCCCUUCUCUUCUCUGAUCUGCUCAUCGCUUGGUUCUUCUUUUUUGGCUGAGGCUUGGUUCCCUGGUUUUCAUACGAAUUUGAUCCCAGGCAGAAUUAAUUUGGAUUCCCGUAUUUCCCUUCUAAGAGAGCGUCAUUUCAUUGACAAUCGAAGAUGGCUCUCUACGAGAAUGGAGAGGUUGCGAUAGAGAAGAAGCCUAAGACGAAGAUCGUUUGUACACUUGGACCGGCAUCCAGGUCGGUCCCUAUGAUCGAGAAGCUUCUGCGUGCAGGCAUGAACGUUGCUCGCUUCAAUUUCUCUCAUGGAUCACAUGAAUAUCACCAGGAAACUCUCGAUAACCUUAGGGCAGCUAUGGAAAGCACCGGUAUUCUGUGUGCCGUCAUGCUCGAUACCAAGGGCCCAGAGAUUCGAACUGGAUUUCUAAAGGAUGGUAAGCCUAUUCAAUUGAAACAAGGUCAGGAAAUAACCAUAUCAACUGACUAUAGCAUAAAAGGUGAUGAGAAUAUGAUCUGCAUGAGCUACAAAAAGUUGGCUGAGGAUUUGAAGCCAGGCAGUGUGGUGUUAUGCUCAGAUGGAACAAUCUCAUUUACAGUCUUAUCAUGUGACAAAAAUUUGGGCUUAGUUCGAUGCCGUUGUGAGAAUGCUGCAGUUCUUGGUGAGAGAAAGAAUGUUAAUCUGCCUGGAGUGAUAGUUGAUCUCCCUACAUUGACAGAGAAAGACAAGGAAGAUAUCUUGGCAUGGGGAGUUCCCAACAAAAUUGAUAUGAUUGCCCUUUCUUUUGUUCGAAAAGGUUCAGACUUGGUGGAGGUUCGGAAACUACUAGGAAAACAUUCAAAGAACAUUCUUCUCAUGUCCAAGGUUGAAAACCAAGAAGGGGUUGCAAAUUUUGACGACAUCCUUGCAAAUACAGAUGCAUUCAUGGUUGCACGUGGUGAUCUUGGAAUGGAAAUUCCAAUUGAGAAGAUAUUUCUCGCUCAAAAAGUCAUGAUUUAUAAGUGCAACAUUCAAGGAAAACCAGUUGUGACUGCAACCCAAAUGUUGGAGUCAAUGAUUAAAUCUCCCCGUCCAACUAGAGCUGAAGCUACUGAUGUUGCCAAUGCAGUACUUGAUGGCACAGAUUGUGUGAUGCUAAGUGGUGAAACAGCUGCUGGAGCAUAUCCCGAACUUGCAGUUCGGACUAUGGCCAAAAUAUGUAUCGAAGCUGAAAGCACCCUAGAUUAUGGAGAUGUAUUUAAAAGGAUUAUGGAACAUUCUCCAGUACCGAUGAGCCCAUUAGAGAGUCUAGCAUCUUCUGCUGUCAAGACUGCCAACUCAGCUAAAGCAGCUCUUAUAUUGGUUUUAACUAGAGGAGGAAGUACUGCAAAACUAGUGGCCAAAUACAGGCCAGGCAUGCCAAUUCUUUCUGUAGUUGUUCCUGAGAUCAAGACUGAUACUUUCGAUUGGUCUUGCAGUGAUGAGGCCCCUGCAAGGCACAGCCUAAUCUUCCGUGGGUUAGUUCCAAUAUUAAGUGCAGCAUCUGCUAGAGCUUCUCAUGAUGAGACAACAGGAGAAGCUAUUGAGUUUGCCAUUCAGCAUGCCAAGAAGAAGGGUCUUUGCAAGAAUCGCGAUGCUGUCGUUGCCCUGCACCGAGUCGGCACUGCAUCUGUUAUCAAGAUCUUGACAGUGAAAUGAUCACCAAGUAAAAGGAGUUUUCUAGCUGUUUGUGUUUUUUCCCCCUCACUUUCUCUGCAAAAUUUUGAAUCGGUGAGUUGAUGAUGUUUCAUACAUAGAAAGGAUAUACCUAUCUGAAUCUUUAUGUGAAUGAUGAAAACGUCAGUUUAUAUACCAGAAGCGUGUACUAGGGGCGGUUCCCUGGGGUUUGGUUAACCAUAUUAUUCUAUUAUUUUUGUCUUGAAAUGGAAACUAUUCACUUUUUGAGGUUA